CAAUUACCGUGCUAUCGAGCAGAUACGUACAUUGUGCGAGUGGGCAACAAUUGUUUUGGGAAAUGAAAGGUCUUAUAAUUUUUGUUGCUUUCUUAAGUAUACUUAUCGGUUUCGGUUAUCACAAGUUCGAUGAAUUGACACGUCCACUACCGUUGCCAACAUUUGACACCAAUAAAUAUUGGGGACCAGGUGAUGUCUCCAAUUACAAGGAAGACAAAACUAUUAAACCAUUUAAGAUUGAUGUCAAUACAGAGGUUAUAACCGAUUUGCAAAAACAACUAAAUCGUACCUUAAAAUUAACUGAACCAUUGGAGGGUGUUCAAUUCCAAUAUGGAUACAAUACUGAAGCCAUGGCUCAAGUUGUCGAAUACUGGCGGGAAAAGUAUUUAGCCAAAUGGUCGGAGCGUCAACAAUUACUCAACAGUUUGCCUCAAUUUACCACCGAAAUUCAAGGUUUACGCAUCCAUUUUAUCCACUCCAAGCCCAAUGCUGAGGCAGUGAAAACGAAAAAGGUUUUACCCCUGCUCUUGCUACAUGGCUGGCCAGGUUCUGUGCGUGAAUUUUAUGAUUUUAUACCAAUUCUUACUGAGGCCGCCGAUUUGAGUGAAUAUGUUUAUGAGGUUGUUGCACCCUCUUUGGUCGGUUACGGUUGGUCACAGCCUGCUAGUAAAGUCGGUCUGAAUGCUGCUGAAAUGGCCAUAGUCAUGCGUAAUUUGAUGUUACGUUUGGGCUAUAAUAAGUUUUUGGUACAAGGAGGAGAUUGGGGUUCUAUAAUUGGCAGCAAUUUGGCCACUAUUUUCCCAGACAACGUUAUUGGUUAUCAUUCCAAUAUGUGUAUUCUUAAUACUCCGCUGUCUUUAAUGAAGGGCGUUGUAGCCAGCUUUAAUCCCGACAAAUACUUACCCUCACGUUUCUUCCGCGAGCAUCAUUUCCCCCUGACUGAUAAGUUAUUGUGGGGUUUGGAGGAAAGUGGCUACUUCCAUAUUCAGGCUACCAAACCCGACACCAUUGGCACAGCUUUAAUUGCCAACCCAGUUGGUCUGGCCGCUUAUAUACUGGAGAAAUUCCAAGCCUCUACUGGACCUGCCAAUAACCAACGUUUUGAUGGCAUGACCAAAGUAUUCACCAUCGAUGCCCUUUUGGACAAUGUGAUGAUUUAUUAUUUGACUAAUUCUGCCACCACUGCUGGACGUCUGUACAAGGAGUCAAUGUCUAAGGAAUUCUUAAGUUAUCAAAUGGAUCGUGUUCAGUCUCCAGUGCCCAUGGGCUGUGCUCGAUUCCGUUUUGAUUUGCCAGCCGCAAUGGAUUGGCAAUUGAAGGACAAAUACCCCAACUUAAUUCACAGCAAAUAUUUCAAUCAAGCUGGACAUUUUGCCGCUUUGGAAGUGCCAGUCAUGUUGUACAUUGAUUUUGCAGAGUUUGUUGCUAAAAUUGAAUUGUAAUGAUUUCAUAAAUAUCACUUGUGAUUAUUUUGUAAAGUUUUGUUAAUUUAUUUAAUGUUUUGUAUUAAAAAGAUUUGUUUAAAAAAAAA